AUGACUUCUGCACGAAAUGCCUCCCUAUUCUCCGCGACCACGCUUGCGGUCCUGCUGCUGAGUUGCACCGCCCAGAGUGCUGAAGUCUCCACAACUCCGGAGGGUCCGUCCGAGGAGCCGUCAGGAGAACCGCCAGGAGAGGAGCUUCGGGCCUUUCACCGGUCCUCGGACCUGUUGAGCGCCUCCCCGAUCUGGAGGUCUUUCAUCGCCAUCACAAACCGCGCCGAGAGACAGUUUGAAGAAGAAUUCCAUAAUCAGUUGAAAUACCAAUUUCCGGGCGUGAAGUGGCCCCAGAUUUGCUGUCCUGUGACCAACUGUAGCAUGGAGAUUUGUCUGCGGAGACUGGCUGAAGGCCUGCUGAAAUGUAUGGUUCUUCUGAAGCAUGUUGAAAAGGAGUACCCAGCCAAUUCCAUCCUCCCAGAAGCCAAGCAUUACAGUGUCGCCCUGGUGAACCAGAUUAAAGAAAAGAUGGAGCACCCGGAGCGUAUAGCAGAACUGAGCGAAAUCCAAGAGGAGCAGCUGCUACAGGAGCAGGCCAGUGGAGACACCUUCAAGAGGAGGAUAAACGCAUACAGCAUCCUCUAUCAGCUCCACUACUUCCUGAUCGACGGCAAACGUGCCCUCACUAAAGUGGAGAGGAGGUCCCACAAAGUGCAUGGCAACUUGCUGUCGGUGUAA